CUGGACCAGAGCAGCAGACUACUGCAGACAGGAGAAACCGCUCCGGCGACACCUGCACACAAACCGACGAUCUGCGCCGGGACGAGCACGCGGAUGAAGAAACCGAAGCUCGGACAAAACCCGGUAAUGCGGAACAAGAGUCCGAAACGAGUUACUGCUCACUGAGCGGCGACGCAAGCAGCAGAGAAACUUUUUUUUGUUUUGUUUUUUCAUGUGACGAGUCGUGCGAUUUGCAUCGGCGACAGAUCGCAGCGAGUGCGGAGCGGAGAGAGACGACAGCAGGUAAAGGCAAGCUGCUUCAUCUUCAGCUGAGCAAAACCUGAAAGCGUCUGGCUGGUGGAUGGAGAGAAAAUGGAGGUGAACAGAAGAGAGGUGCCUCUAUAUGGUCAGGUGGAGGCCCACGUGAGGUUACAAGCUAACGUUCCUGAAGACGCAGAGUUUUAUGUUCUUGUUCAAGGCUCUGGACUUACACAUGUGACUGCAGCAAAAAGAGGAGAUGAUGGGCUUAGCCUCAGCUUCACAGUUCCUGGCCAUGCCCUUGUGGAAAGUGUCACUGUCACAUCCUACUUUUACUCAGAGGACCAAGUCAAGCCUUGUGAAGGUGAGGCCUCUCUUGAAUACCUCAGGGAUGUUGCCCAGGAGGCUGCGGAGUACCUGAGUGCAAACAGGGACCAGCUUGGCCCGCAGAGCUACCUAGAAGUCCUGAAGAGGUUUUCCAUGCGGUUGUGGACAGCUGAUGAGGAGCUCUCUGUAGGGGAGGUAGACUGCAGUGAGGAGGAUGUGCGGCUCAGACAGAGUUCAAGUAAUGAAGCUGGUCUCAGGCAGCUGGAUGAGAAGAUCACCCAGGCUAUGGCCAACAUGGAUUAUCCUCAGCAGUGGAAAAAUACUGACAGUCAGCCCAGAGAAGCUGCUGAUCUUCAGCCCAAAGAAACCCUCCUUCACCUCGCAGUGCGUUUGGGUUUGGUCCAUCUUUCCCGUUUCUUAAUUCAGCAACCGAGAGGCCAGAGAGCGUUGACCUUACCCAAUCAGGAGGGAGACACGCCCCUCCAGCUGGCCCAGAAGGACGGACGGCACGCCAUGUUCAGCGUGUUGGCAGCUCCUCCAGGUCCUGUUCCAGGUGUGUGGUGUGUGUGGUCCGACAGCUGCCACAUGCUGAGGUUUUGUCCCUGGACGGACUCCCUGACCCUGACGGUGCGGCAGACGCCCGGCAGCCGCCCCCAGGAUGGCAUCAUCCUCCUCCGAGACAAACUGGCAGACAGCAACAUCAUCAAACUGAUUAAUGUGCUCAAAGCUGAUCAUGAGGUUGACAACAGAGGCAAACAUGGAUUGCUUCCUUCAGAUGAAGGCAUUAGCACGGAGCUCCGAGUGGAAGAGCACGCACUGGUGGACAAUGUUUUUGAGGAACAGCUUGUUCUGUCCUUGGAUGACGACGAUGACGAUGUGGAACAGCAUCCAUCCUCAUUAUCUGUAAAUGGGCAUCCCAUCCAGUCCGGUGGAGUCCAGAACCAGUUCGGCCAGCGUGCUGAGGACCCUCUCCUCUCCAUGAUCAACAGCAGCAAUCAGACAAUCACACAGCAUACGCCGGUGGAAGAUGCUGAUAUCAAUAAUAGCAUCAGUGGAGUGACCAGGGACAGCACAGGGACGGACAGCGGGUUAUGGGAAACGGAGGACUCAGAAGAUCUCCUGCCGGCCGCUGACACUCCUCCACCUUGUUCAGAAGAUUUCUGCCCCUCCUCCGUACCCUGCUCUCCUCCACUCUCACCUGCUGACCAGGCGCUCGCCAGGCUGAACCGCCUCGCCUCCUCUGAGCCGACCAAUCAGCGAAAAAGUCCGCCCAUGGACACCUGUGACCUCAGUCCCAGUCUAGUGGCUCUGGAAGUGGACAGUGAAGAGGACAGCACUGAGCCAAAGUCUCCGCUUUCCCCGCUCUCGUCCGAAAGUGAAGACAAAAGGGAAAACUUUCGUCCCUCCCCUGACCUGACUUGCACUCGCAGCCAAUCUGCCUCCUCAGCAUGUGAACCCUCCGCAAAAGACUUGGGUGACCAGGGGAUUCGACUGCGUUCGUAUUCCUACUCUUCCUCCAAAAUCAGUUUUCGUCCUGCUCGUUUUGGCCGGGACAGUCACACUUCGGAUAUCAGCCCUGAUGCCGUCCUCCACAGUGUCAGCCACAGCCGAUCUCUCCUUCAGGCCCUCUCUCUGUCUAAAUCUCUGUCUCUGCUCCACCCUGGUAAGCAAAGAGCCUGCAGCAUAUCAGAGCAAUCACAUGAAAAAAGGGAGAUUAAGUUCCGUAAGCGAGCCCAGUCAGCUGAUGAUGAGGGCAGCAUGGAGCUGGCAGAGUCGCUCCAACAUCUCACCCUGUCUGAGUUCCUCAAAGAAAUUGAAGAGGAGGAGUUGGAUAAGUACAACAUCCCAACAAAGGUGGAGUCAGAGAAGUACAAAGUCAUUCGCACCUUCAGUUUUCUCAAGAGCAGGAUGUCCAGUACGCGCAACAAGACCAAGGGGAAGGGGAAGGACAGAGAGGCCAAGGAAAGGCAUCUGAAUGGACAUCGGUUUAACACAGGCUCCUGUUUAGGCCCCACCGUGUGUGUGGUGUGCGACAAAGCAGCUUCUGGAAAGGACCUUCUGCACUGCCCCAGUUGUACUGCUAUCGUCCAUAAGGGCUGUAAGGAAUCUGUCCCCCCGUGUUUGAAAAAACUUCAGGAUAAGUAUGCGGUUACCAUGGUGAAGAACAGGACAGCAUCCCUCCCACAGAAUUUCACAGUAAGAGACAAUCCUCCUCAGUGUGUCAUCCCCAUCUCUAGCUCUCUACCUGUCAUGACCCCCAAGGACAGGAAAGACACUGCGACCCACUCGUGCCUCCCCUCUGGGAGUUUCCCAAACAGUGACAGUCGGCUCAGUGAGAGUUCAGAGACGGAGUCCGAUCCCUCGAAGGUGACCAGCCGAUCAGAAGAGCUCCUGCCGACUCCGGUGUCCUCCACCUCCACUGACUCAUCCUUUGGGGAAGACUGCGUGGACGCAUACAUCCACAGUGACUUGUCAGCUGAUGCUGUGGAUUAUGAGGCUGAGUCGUGGAGUCUGACAGUAGAGCACAAGUUCUGCAAGAAGCAGGACAAACGAGCUGUCAAGAGGCAGGAUGUUAUCUAUGAGCUGAUGCAGACUGAGCUCCACCACCUACAGACGCUACACAUCAUGGCCGAGGUUUUCCGGCGUGGAAUGAAGGAGGAAGUGCAGCUGGACGCGGAGGCAGUGGAGCGGGUCUUCCCCUGUCUGGAUCAGCUGCUUCCCUUCCAUCAUGCCUUCUUUGCCGCCAUGAAGGAGCGGCGACACACCUCCGCCCGCUCGCAGGGACACAGGAACUACCUCAUCCAGCGAAUAGGAGACGUCCUGCUCCAACAGUUUUCAGAUGAGAAUAAAGAGAAAAUGAAGCAGGUGUACGGAGAAUUCUGCAGUCGUCACAACGAAGCCGUCAGCUUUUUCAAAGAGCUGCAGCAGCACAACAAGAGAUUUCAGAACUUCAUUAAGCAAAAAGGUAAUAAUUCCUUGGUAAGACGGAGGGAGAUCCCAGAGUGCAUCUUGCUGGUCACCCAAAGGAUAACAAAAUACCCUGUGCUACUGGAGAGGAUCCUACAUUAUACUCAAGAGGAAACAGAGGAGCACACCGACCUCUCGAAGGCACUGACUCAGAUUCGAGAGGUGAUCUCAGCCGUGGACCUGAGUGUCAGUGAAUAUGAGCGCCAUCAGAGGCUACAGGAAGUGUGGAACCGCAUGGAGAACCGCAGCACGGCCAAGCUGAAGAACGGCCACACCUUCCGCAAGCAGGACAUGAUGGGGCCGGGGAAAACGCUCAAACACCAGGGUCUGCUCCUGUGGAAGACAGCCACCGGCCGCCUCAAAGAUAUGCUGGUGCUCCUUCUCACAGACACACUCAUCUUCCUGCAAGAGAAAGACCAGAAGUAUACAUUUGCCGCUGUGGAUCAGAAGCCCCCAGUCAUCGCCCUGCAGAAGUUAAUAGUGCGAGAGGUGGCAAAUGAAGAGAGAGGGAUGUUUUUGAUCAGCGCAUCCGCCGCCGGGCCAGAAAUGUACGAGGUCCACGCAUCAACCAAAGAGGAACGAAACACCUGGAUGAGGCUCAUUAGAGAGGCCGUGGAGAGCUGUCCCGAGGAAGAGGAGGAAUACACAAGCGAGUCUGAAGAGGAGAAACGAGCUGCCGAGGCUCGUAUUCAGAAGAUCCAUAAGUUCCAAGAGAGUCUGAUGAGCCGGGACCAGCAGUUCUGCUCCAGCCUGGAGGAGAAGCUGCAGGUCUACGCAGAGCUCUCUGCUCUGAGUGGGCGGACGGACGCUUCGCCGGUCGAACAGCGGCUGCUCGUCCAGCCGCACUCAGAUGAGCUGCCCCAGGCCUCCGUGUUGCUGGCUGCAGCUCUGCAAGAAGCUGAGAAUCUGAAAGCCACGCUGUCAUCCAAGGCCUGUUCUCCAUCGAGUCCCAGCUCGGACUCGGACACAGAGUCUGUGUUUCCUGUCAGCCCUGGUGCACUUGUUCAGCCCCCGUCAGACUCACAGAACUCACCUGAAAACCCUGAAGCCAGUGAGGGAAGCUGUGCUGAGCUCCGUGUGCUCGAGUCCCCCACUCCUCUGCACAAAACAGACACGAAUGAUAUCGACUUCAAGGUUGCUCAAAGUGUCCAAAGCCUGACUCAGUUACUCUACAGUCUGCAGGCCGCAGUGGCCAUCCAGGACAGCUGCUAUGAGGUCCAGAAGCUCCUCCUCCAAGAGAGCGAGCGCCCCUCCCCCCGCGCCCAGCGACCACACCUUUCGAGCAUCCGCGGCAACACCCUGCAAGAGCAGGAGAAGCAGCGUAACCUGGAAAAGCAAAAGGAGGAAGUGGCGGCGGCUCACCGUCUCCAAGACCGACUUCGCCAAGAGAAGGAACGCUGGGAGAGGGAGUGCCAGGCCAGGGAGAUCCAGCAGGGGGAGCAGGAGAACAGACUGGAGGAGAGGGAGAGGCAGUGCCACCUGGAGGCGGAGAGACUGAGGCGUGAGAGGGAAGAGCUGGAUGAGCAGCUGGAGGAGUACCAGCAGGGCCUGGAGCGACUCAGAGAGGGCCAGAGGAAUGUGGAGAGGGAGCGCGAACGCCUGGAGAACCAGGAAAAGCUGCUCCAAACCUGGAAGCACAGCAGGCAGAGCAGUCUGCCCACUGUGAUUCCCCACAUGGUCAUCCCUCUAGAUGGGCAGCAGGACUUGGCACCAAGUCAGUCCAGAGACCACGCCGGCAACGGCUCUGUGUUUGUGAAUGAGGCUGCAUUUGCCAGCACCAGCAUCAACAACCGUCACGUUCACCACAAAAGAAAUGACCCCAGCGCACACAAUUGUCUCAACACCCUGCUGGCAAGAUCCAGCAGCAGACAGUCCACCAUGGCUAAGACUCCCCACAGCCCGCACUCCCAGGACUGGGUGAUGGGAACAGGAUACGUCUACAGCCCCAUGGGGACGCUGGGUCUGCAGCACACGACCAGCGAUCGUAACAGUCCCAGCUACUUCGGGGACACCUGGUCGCCGACAGCAAGCGGAGCUGACCUGUGUCCAGCGCUCCCGUGUCCCAGUGACCCUCAGCUGGACCUCAGUGCACUGGUUUCCUUGGAUACGGACAGCGGCAGGGAGGAGGGCAGUGAGGAAACCAUCGUGUACCUCUGAGUGUUGAUAAAGUUCAGACCUUAAGCAGCCGACCCUGCACUUGGAAAAACAUUCAGGCAUUCGUGAAGCAUCAGGGUCGAUCCAGGGUGUCUUCAGAAAGCAUUUCUCUCUUUUACACUCUUUUUAUAUUUGAAAGAUUGUUUUUGGUGUUUUUUUUUUUUUUUGUAAAGGGUAAAGUUACUGGAAACAUGAAGAAAGAAACAGAUAAACUAACUGAGUUUGUUUCAGACUCAGUCUCACAUGUGUCAUGCACCUUAGCUUGAGGCACCUCUGAGUGUUCAAUGUCUCUUUAUUUUCUUGUUUUUGUGUGUGUGGUCUUUAUUGACUGGGUCUCUGCAGCAAAACCUUCUGCCUUCUCCCCCCUUCUAACUGUCUCUCCCUUCCUCGUCCUUUCUCAGGUCCUGCAUAUCUCCUCCCUCGAGCGCUCUAUUUAUUAAAUUUACCACAAGGAGGAGAAAAAAACGUAUACCCAAUAUCAGCAAAGCAUCAGGCUGCAUCUCACUUGUGGGUGAUUGUCAUUGAGUAAACAGCCUCUCUUUCAUCAGACAGGCUCUAUUUAUGUACAAGCUGAGCGUAACGUGAAGCACAAAACAUUAGGAUUGAAAGAUGAGGUGUGACAGCAUCAGUCCCACGUUCUUCAGACGGCCCGUAGCCCUCAUUUGUUUCUCUUUGUCUGAAGCACGCUUUUCUUGUUAAGAGAAAUAAGCGCAGAUGUGAUUUUAAGAGAGAUGCUGCAGCUGUGACAAUAUGUCAGUUUUAUAAGAACGUUAAAGGCUGAGGAGGCGUGUUUUGAGCGCAACUCUUCCUGUAAGAGUAAAAGAAGAUGGACAAAAGGAAAACAUGCUGGCUCGAACCGUUUGUGAUUUGUGUGUUGCUCAGUGGUGCCUUUUUCAUUUGUUGCUAUCAUCAGGUCGAAAUUUCAAUUUUGUCCAGUGCUUUGGUUUGAUAAGACAUCCCAAAAAACAAAUGACAUUCUCCUCAGCCUUGGCUCGACGUUGUGCUAACAGCUAACAACAGCAGCAAACAAUCCCAUCUUUACUUCACUGUGAAGUGAAGUUGCAUUAUUGCUUACCGCUGAACUAUUACACUUGAAUAUUCAUCUAGCGUAUUUACAUAUUAUCUGUCAUGGGCAUGUUAACAUGUGAAGAGAUCACAGUGCCAAUGCUAUAAAAGAAUGGGUAUGAAUUGGUUUAAUUCAUUUUGUAGUUUCCUAAUGGACGAUAAGGCAGCGGCAGUAUUUUGAAGUGAGUUUAGUACCAUGUACAUAUGUUUGUGCCUUUAUUUAUUUAUUACAGUCUCAAUGUUCAGCGUUGUACAGUGCUUUUCAAGGGUUGUACAUAGAUGUGUAUCUGUUUGAACAGGUCCAUUUUCCUUCAUUUGUGUCGUGUCCUCUGACGUGGGUGUAUUGAUAAAAUUUUACUUUUAUUGAACUUGAACUGAAACCGGGCUUUGUUUUUCUUUCGGCAAAGAAAUGGAGCACAGAAAGAUGUCAUUGCAAUAAAAAGCUCACUGGUUGGAACACAAACACAAUGUUCAGUUUGGGUAAAAAUAUCAUCCCUCUUUUAUGGCCCUGGUCUGGAUGUGAAGCGUCUACAACGGCGUAAACAGAUGUGUGAGUGAGCUGCCUGUUUGGUUGCCAGCAGCGACAGGUGGCAGACCAGGUGCAUGAAUGUCGAUUUCCUGUCUGACUGCACCUCUGAAUUGCCGUCACAAAGACCAUAUUGGUGUUGUAUGAACUCUUUGUCACUGAACUUGUUGGUCAUUUCAUUCCUUAAAAUUGUUUGAAUGCGGUUGUGGUUAUAAAGAUCCCCACCAAUCAAAGCUUGUGUGUCAAGUAAUGGCUAAAAAUAAAAGCGGAGACGUGAACUGGAACUCCCAGGCUUUUCCCUGACAGUAAUAAUGGAUUUCAUAUGCUCCA